GGCAAGAUGGGUCUCUACCGCGUCCGCGUGUCCACCGGGUCCUCGUUCUGCGCGGGCUCCAAUAACCAGGUGCAUCUGUGGCUGGUCGGCGAGCACGGGGAGGCGGCGCUCGGGUGGCGCCUGCGGCCGGCGAGGGGAAAGGAGGUGGAAUUCCAGGUGGACGUGUCCGAGUACCUGGGGCGGCUGCUGUUUGUGAAAUUGCGCAAACGGCACUUCCUCUCGGAUGAUGCGUGGUUCUGCAACUGGAUCUCCGUGCAAGGCCCCGGGGCCAGUGGGAACGAGUUCAAGUUCCCGUGCUAUCGCUGGGUGGAGGGCGAUGGCAUCCUGAGCCUGCCCGAGGGCACCGGUCGCACUGUGGUCGAUGACCCUCAAGGUCUGUUCAAGAAACACAGGGAAGAGGAGCUGGCAGAGAGAAGGAAGCUGUACCGGUGGGGUAACUGGAAGGACGGGUUAAUUCUGAAUAUAGCUGGGGCCACAAUAAAUGACCUUCCUGUAGAUGAGAGAUUUCUAGAGGACAAAAGAAUUGACUUUGAGGCCUCACUGACCAAGGGGCUGGCAGACCUAGCCAUCAAAGACUCUUUAAACAUUCUGACUUGCUGGAAAAGUCUGGAUGACUUCAACAGGAUUUUCUGGUGUGGCCAGAGCAAGCUGGCUGAGCGGGUGCGGGAUUCCUGGAAGGAGGAUGCCUUAUUUGGGUACCAGUUUCUCAACGGCACCAACCCCAUGUUGCUGAGACGCUCCGUUCGCCUUCCUGCCCGCCUGGAGUUUCCUCCAGGGAUGGGGGAGCUGCAGGCCGAGCUGGAGAAGGAGCUCCAGCAAGGCACGCUAUUUGAAGCUGACUUCUCCUUGCUGGAUGGGAUCAAGGCCAACGUCAUCCUGUGUACCCAGCAGUAUGUGGCUGCCCCUCUGGUUAUGCUGAAACUGCAGCCCGAUGGGAAACUCUUACCCAUGGCCAUCCAGCUCCAACUGCCACACAAGGGGUCCCCACCACCACCGCUUUUCCUGCCCACGGAUCCCCCGAUGACCUGGCUCCUGGCCAAAUGCUGGGUCCGGAGCUCUGACUUCCAGCUUCAUGAGCUGCACUCUCAUCUCCUGAGGGGACACUUGAUGGCUGAGGUCAUCGCUGUGGCCACCAUGAGGUGCCUUCCGUCUAUACAUCCUAUGUUCAAGCUUCUCAUUCCGCACCUGCGAUACACCAUGGAAAUUAACAUCCGGGCCAGGACUGGGCUGGUCUCUGACUCGGGAGUCUUCGACCAGGUGGUGAGCACAGGUGGGGGCGGCCAUGUGGAGCUGCUCCAGCGAGCAGGAGCCUUUCUAACCUAUAGCUCCUUCUGUCCCCCUGAUGACCUGGCUGACCGGGGGCUCCUGGGAGUCAAGUCUUCUUUCUAUGCCCAAGAUGCCCUGAGGAUCUGGGAAAUUCUCUCUCGCUACGUGGAGGGGAUUGUGAGUCUCCACUAUAAGACGGACGAGUCUGUGAGAGACGACAUUGAGCUGCAGGCCUGGUGUCGAGAGAUCACUGAGAUUGGGCUGCUGGGUGCCCAGGACCGAGGGUUUCCCGUCACCCUACAGUCCAAGGACCAGCUUUGCCACUUUGUGACCAUGUGUAUCUUCACCUGCACUGGCCAGCACUCCUCCACUCACCUGGGCCAGCUGGACUGGUACUCUUGGGUCCCUAACGCACCCUGCACAAUGCGGCUGCCGCCACCGACCACCAAGGAUGUGACACUGGAGAAAGUGAUGGCAACACUGCCGAACUUCCAUCAGGCUUCUCUCCAGAUGUCCAUCACCUGGCAACUGGGCAGGCGCCAGCCCAUCAUGGUGGCUCUGGGUCAGCAUGAGGAAGAGUACUUCUCAGGCCCUGAGCCCAAGGCUGUGCUAAAGAAGUUCAGGGAGGAUCUGGCUGCCCUGGAAAAAGACAUAGAGAUCCGGAAUGCCCAGCUGGACUGGCCCUACGAAUACCUGAAGCCCAGCCUGGUGGAAAACAGCGUGGCCAUAUGAGCAGCCCCAGCCGUGGGUUGUUUCAGCCCUUUUCCACCAACCCCAUCCUCUUCCCAACUUCCAUCUUCUCCCAAAUCACCUUUCCACU